AUGUUAAACAAAGAUGGAGGUUCCGACGAUGACAAAGAUGACAACGGAAUGGCUAUUGAGAGGAUCGAUGGAGAAGAAGGGUUGAUGAAGGAAGCGGAAACAGUGAGCAUGAUGAAUCAGGAGGUUUCAGUAUGGGUUUGUGAGCGAAGGAAAAUCAGCGGCGGCUGUGAGUUUGCGAAAGGGGAUUUAGAGAAGGUUAUUUUGGAUCGGUUAUGCAGACUUGAGCAGGGCAUACCACUUUGCAUUGUCACUAUUUUUUGCUUUCUUGAUGUAAGAAUUGUUUAUAACCAUUUGAUGAAAGUUGAAGCUUGGAGUAUGAUGUACUUUGAAGUUUCGGAGUUAUCUGUUGUACUGUAUAAAUCAAAAUCGUCAAAGCCAAAUAGGCCCCUUUCACAUUUCUAUUUUCCUUCUUUUCUACUCUAG